AUGCGCCCGCUUUCAGAUACAGAUAUUGUUGUUUAUGACCAGAAAUUGUACUCUGUGAAUACGCCCACUAAAUAUCUUAACGCCUCAAAACUGAACUUGGUUGAAAAUGGUACGUAUUUAAAAGUGUUUGAUAAACUUAUCAGUAUUAAGGCUCGUGGACUUGCUUUAAUUGGAUCAUUUAGAAACCGGGAGCACUUUGCUACUCUGUUACUGCGGCUGAUUGCUGUGGCUACUAUUGAGGAACUAUACUUGAACAUUACAAAUCCUUUGAACCAUUGCGUUCUCUCUGAUCAGAUUGAAAUUUACCCCGAAGUUAGUGUCGAUCUUCAUGUUGAUAAGCCUGCAGUUAAACUAGUUAUAUGCGGUGGCAUGGCCUUUAUGUGCCCAUUUUUAAGUCGUAUCUACAGCAUUGCUCCAGUUAAGACUUUGCAUAUUAGU